AUGUACUCAGCAAAGUCAUUCUUCAAAUCAACGCAAGCUGCAACCAUGUCUUCCUCAUCACCCCAGGGCAAUUCGCCUCCGCCUCCUCCCGCACCUCCCUCCGCUCCUCCAGCACAUCCGGAAAUAACCGUCGAUGGGAAGCGUGUCCUUUCUCAACUUGAGAACACCGCAACGCUUGGGUAUGUGUCGUCAAAGUCGAGUGAUAUUCCGACAAUCACUCAAGGAUUGGCCACCAUUCAGCUUGGGCCUGCCAACAUGUUCAACCCCCUUGGUCACCACACCACGAGAGAUGCUACCGCAGACGUUGAUCAUGGGCCAGGCGACGCCAGCGAUGCCAGGUCGGUAUCCUCGGGCCGUUCGUCGAAGUUUGGAUUCAGGAAUCGUUUGUCAAGACUUUUCAAGGAGGACCCCAAAGUCAAAGAGACUGUUCCAACCUCGAUAGCCUCAUCAGCGCCUAUUACGCUCGUUAGAACUGAGGGACGCCUCCAGUCUGCCGCACCUGACCAUGACGCCGUGCCUGUCUUGUCGAUACAGCACUCACCAGCAGACACUGUUGAAACAUCAUCCACCAAGUUCGCUGUUACAGGCACUCAGCCGCAGCCGACUCCUGCUGCGGAUGGCUCAAUCCGAAUGGACAUAUUCCCCGAGAACGUUGCCAAACCCACCUACAAGACCAACUUACCCAAGCCGCUUGCUCGUGUUGACAAGACCCCGCAGCUUGUCUACUGCUGCAGUCUCCUCUCCAAGGCUCAAGAACCGUUGCAGCCAACCUCAGACAGUGACGUCUCUCUGGAUUCCCCCCUCGACGAUAAGGAGAAGGAAUGGGUUCAGCUCAUUGAUCCCGUCUUACAGGACCGGUAUCGAUGGCUCGUUGAGCAAUUGGUCAGAGCGUUCGCUGACAACCCACUCAAGGCAUCUGAUGUAGUCACCGAGAUCGUUCUUGUAGGUCCCGUCCUUGACCGUGAAACCUACCGCAGCCUGCUCUCAUGCUUCAUCUCCAAAUUUGAGCAGACAACAGCGCUGGAUGUCACUCUUCUCCAAGGUCUAGUGCAAAUGGUCGAGUGCGCCUCAUCUGGAUACCUUGUCGACGAUGAUCUGGUCAGGAUCUCCACUGUUCUCUCCAAGGAGCUGUCGAUUACCCACAUUGGCACGAGCGACCACCCCUUGCACCUGACAUUGUCGCUCGCUCGAGUUCUUGAUGUGAUGGUGACUGGCGAGGUUAAGGACUUGAACCGUGAACGAGACCAUCAACCGAUGCUGCAGCUCCUAGACGGUCUGAAGAACAGCGACAAUGUUAUCCAGAGGUACGAGGCAACUUACGCCUAUCAGGCCCUCCAGUAUGCACCCGACGAUGAGACUCCGCUCCAAGUGCUGUGGAGAUAUGCCAAGGUAGCAGCGGCAGGCGCAGGUGCAGUGUCGAGUGUUUUCAAGUUGGAUCCAGAGGGACUCCUCAAUGGCAUCGAGAGUCUUCAAGAGAUCGGAGCAGGGAUUGCGGGAGCUGUCAGCACAGGAAUUGAGGUCGUCGAGGCCCUUCGUGUUGGUGCUGAUGGGGCCAUCCGCGCAUCAGAGAACAAGUUCGACUUUAUGAAGAAGCGUUCGUGGUAUCUCGCUCUGCAAGGAACGGCCCUUUUCAUCCACCAGGGACGACUUUCGGACUUUAACCUAGUCGUCAGCCAGGCGUCUUGCCGCAACAACGCCAACUUUCAGUGGGGAGUCUGUCGCCAGGUCGGAGAGAUUGCAGUCGACCCGCUCUGGGAUGUUCCUGUCCGUCAACAGGCCGUCGACUUUCUAGGCAAGUUGUUCAGGGGUGGUGCUGACUGGAAGCCGCAUGUCGAUGUCAAGCGCUGGAUCCUGACCAUUCUCGUCCAGAUCUCGGGGAUGUCGGAUGUCUCUGUCAAGGAUCACGCUGUUGCUUUAUUGCUAGACCUGAAGAAGGACGACAUCGUCGAGUAUCCUGGCUGUUACCCGCUGAGCAGACGCCUCCCUCUGCCAACAUCCUCGCCGCUUCUUGCUAAGGUCCAAGAGAUCCCAAAACUCGAGUACGACCUUCACGUAUUGAGGUUGAUGAGGAUUGCCGACUACAAGCAGGCGGUUUACAUCGACCCCAUGGCUAAACUCAACCUCCAAGACACAGACGACAAUCUGUUCCCUCUUAUGGACAAGGUUAGAGACUUUAUUGCCAGCGGCUCUCAGGUCAUGCUUGUUCUUGGGGACUCGGGGGCCGGAAAAUCGACAUUCAACCGGCACUUGGAACACGAGCUCUGGCAGGAGUACAACGCAGGAGGUCGCAUCCCGCUUUUCGUCAACUUGCCAUCCCUCGAACGACCAGAGAAGGAUUUGGUUGGGGAGCAAUUGAGGACCUACAACUUUUUGGAGGACCAGAUCCGUGAACUGAAGUUGCACCGCCAGUUCACAUUGAUCUGUGAUGGAUACGACGAGAGCCAGCUUAUAUCCAAUCUGCAUACCACCAACCUCUUCAACCAGUAUGGGCAGUGGGACGUCAAGUUACUCAUUACUUGCCGCACGCAGUAUCUCGGACUGGACUAUCGAAGUCGCUUCGAGCCCAAAGCGGUGGACCAGUAUGCUAGUGUCGCCAACGAUCUUUUCCAGCAAGCCGUCAUCACCCCAUUCAUCAGGGAGCAGAUCGAAGACUAUGUGGAGCAUUAUGUUCCUCUUGAGCCGCGCACCUGGGUCAAGGAGGACUACAUGGACAAGCUAGAGGUUAUCCCCAAUCUGAUGGAUCUGGUCAGGAACCCAUUCCUCCUUACCCUGUCACUGGAGGCCCUUCCUACUGUCGUGCAAGGGAAAAUCGACCUCUCCAGACUUCGGGUCACUCGCGCGGAGCUAUACGAUACCUUUGUGAGGCACUGGAUGGGUGUCAACAAGCGUCGUCUGCAGGAUCAACAUUUGAGCGAGAGCAGUCAGAUAGCGCUUGACAUCCUCUGUGCCGACGGGUUCGAGCGCCACGGUAUUCUGUACCAGAUGGAUCUGGCGGCAUCCAUCUUUCAGGAGCAGGAUGGCAAACCUGUCGUUGACUACUCUCAUAUGCGAGACAGGAAGACAUGGAAGGCUCAGUUCUUUGGUCUUGAUCCUGAAACGGCGCUCCUUCGAGAUUCCAGUCUGCUGAGUCGUGCGGGCAACCAAUAUCGCUUUGUCCACCGCUCCGUGCUGGAAUACUUUUUCUCUUGCACCAUAUCUAGACCCACCAAGGAACAUGAUGAAUUUGAUCCGCCUGUUCAUUCCGAUACCCCUGCCACCUCAACUGCCAUUAGCACACAUCCAUUGUCCCAGAAGGACCUUGUCAUAGAGACGUCGAUCAUCCAGUUUUUGGCGGAGCGCGUGCAACUGGACUCUGGAUUCAAGGAUGAGCUCCUCGCCAUCAUUGAGCUGUCCAAGACCGACGAACAAGCAGCUCGAGCCGCUGCGAACGCCAUCACGAUCUUGGUCAAGGCAGGAGUACGAUUCAACGGGGCUGAUCUUCAGGGUAUUCGGGUUCCUGGAGCGGACAUGUCUGGAGGCCAAUUCGACUCGGCACAACUGCAGGAAGCUGACUUGACAGAUGUCAACCUCACCAAAAGCUGGAUUCGUCAGGCGGACUUCACCAAGGCGCAGAUGGAGAGAGUUCGGUUCGGAGAGAUGCCGUACCUGAAGGUGGAUGAGUGGGUAUUCUCGUACACCUAUUCGCCUGACGGAACAUCGUUCGCUGUAGGUCAUUCCAAAGGAGUUGGCAUCAACAUUUACGACACCUCCACAUGGGCAACGACUCACACUUUUGAAGGGCAUCAAGGGUGGGUUAACAGCCUCGCCUAUUCGCCUACCAGUCAUCAACUUCUUUCAGGCAGCGGGGACAAGACAGUACGAUUGUGGGAUUGCGAGAGUGGGUCAUGCGUUUUUGUGCUGGAGCAUACCGGCGAAGUGUUGACUGUGGCAUUUUCACCCUCUGGCAAGCAGGUCGCUUCGGCUGGAGCGGAUGAGACUGUGAGGCUAUGGGAUGUUCAGACAGGCGCCAAUCUAUUCAACUUGACCGAUAACACUAAGUGGAUUCGUAGUAUUUCCUACUCACCCGAUGGACAUGCGGUUGUGUCUGUUGACGACGAUGGGAUGUUCCGGUUCUUUGACACACAGACUGGACAGCCAGGAGAAGUCUGGGAGAGUCAAAGUGGAGAAAUGUGGAGCGUCGCAUUCUCUCCUGACGGCCUAGAGAUUGCCGUAGGGCAUAAAAAUGGCGAGUUACAGCUCUACAGUACAGCUGCAGGCAAGCCAACGAGGAAUUGGAAGGCUCAUGGCGAAGAGGUCACGGAUGUGAGGUUUUCUCCGAACAGCCGGUGGGUCGCCACAUGUAGUACAGACCGCUCGGCAAAGGUCUGGAAUGCAGCGACAGGAUCGAUCCUUUCUGUCUUUACCGGUCAUAGUGAUUCCGUCUGCCGAGUAGCCUUUUCGCCAAACGGACUCCAACUUGCCUCGUGUAGUGAUGACAUGACCAUUCGACUCUGGGACAUAAGCUCGUUGGGUACAGGUGUGGACGUGGAGGGCGGAUCCGACCCGCUGACGAGCGUGCUUUUUUCUCCAGACGGUAGAGUUCUCUUCUGUGGUACCGAGUCGGGAGCUGUGCGACAGUUUGAUGCAGGAUCUGGAGAGUCUGGUCCUUUCGUUGUUUACGGAGACAAGCCUGUCGAGUGCCUAGCGGUCUCCCCUGAUGGUCUUCGAAUCGCGUCAGUUGGAACGGACGACGAAUUCGUCACUGUGUGGAACAUUGGAACAGGUCAAGCCGAUGUUGUCUUGUACGGUCACACAAGAGAGGUGAUCGCCAUGGCCUUUUCAGCCGACGGUCGCUGGAUUGCCACGGGCAGUAACGACAAGACAGUGCGACUUUGGGACGCUCGCUCAGGGAUACUCGACCGCGUGCUUGACGGCCAUACCGGUCGUGUUGUUUGUUUGGUAUUCUCGCCGAACAGCCAUGAAAUUUUGUCGGGAGAUCGGGAUGGAACUAUUCGAGCCUGGGAUUUGGACGGUUAUGAGUGUAGAGUCGUUGUGGAUGUUUACGAUGAUGUAGGGCUUUGGGCAAUAUCAACUUCACCCAAUGGCUUGAGGGUUGCUUCUAUAACCAAACAGAUCGUUGUUAUUGCUGAUGUUGACCCUCGGGGCAGGGAUAACUGCCAUCACCAACAAAGUCUAGAGCGCGACCCCGACAGCGUACAAAGCUUUGCAUUCUCGUCCUGUGGGCAAUGGGUAGGCGUAGGCUAUCGGAGGUCGGUUCGGCUCUGGAAUUUCGUCAUUGACACAUCGGCGGAAGGAGGAGGAGAAGGUGGGGAGUGGAAGUGUUUGGUGCGUAUCCGAGAUAUUAUUGGAGAUGUCAACAGCGUUGCUUGGAAACCUGACACGCUGGAGUUUAGCAUUGGAUGCGCGAAUGGGUCCCUUCAAGUGUGGAAACUGGUGGAGGCGUCCUCGUCGUCGGAUGCAUGGUCGGCCCAGUUGGUUUGGAGCGCUGGAAAUCUUGUUCUAACAGCUUUGGAUGUCGUUUUUGCCGAUGCUGUUGGUCUCUCCUCAGCCAAUCAUCAAUUGCUCAUUCAACGUUGCGAGGGUGCUGCUGCUUAA